UCUUCAAUGGCAGGAGAAGGAGUAAUCAGAAGAGCGAGAUGAAUUUUAAUACCAUUCUAGAAGAGAUUCUUAUUAAAAGGUCACAGCAGAAAAAGAAGACAUCACCCUUAAACUACAAAGAGAGACUUUUUGUACUUACAAAGUCCGUGUUAACCUACUAUGAGGGCCGAGCAGAGAAAAAAUACAGAAAGGGGUUUAUUGAUAUUGCAAAAAUCAAGUGUGUGGAGAUAGUGAAGAAUGAUGAUGGCUUCAUUCCCUGUCAGAAUAAAUACCCAUUUCAGGUCGUUCAUGAUGCUAACACACUUUAUAUUUUUGCACCUAGUGCACAAAGCAGGGACCGUUGGGUGAAGAAGUUAAAAGAAGAGAUAAAGAACAACAAUAACAUUAUGGUUAAAUAUCACCCUAAGUUCUGGGCAGAUGGAAGUUAUCAGUGUUGCAGACAAACUGAAAAACUAGCACCGGGAUGUGAAAAAUAUAAUCUUUUUGAGAGUAGUGUAAGAAAAGCUCUACCCCCUGCACCAGAAAGAAAGAAGAGAAGGCCUCCUCCACCUAUUCCUCCUGAAGAAGAAGAUAAUAGUGAAGAAAUAGUUGUAGCAAUGUAUGAUUUCCAAGCAACAGAAGCACAUGACCUCAGAUUGGAGAGAGGCCAAGAGUAUAUCAUACUGGAAAAGAAUGAUGUCCACUGGUGGAAAGCAAGAGAUAAAUAUGGGAGUGAAGGAUAUAUCCCAAGUAACUAUGUAACAGGAAAGAAAUCAAACAACUUAGAUCAAUAUGAAUGGUAUUGCAGAAAUACAAACAGAAGCAAGGCAGAGCAACUCCUCAGAAGUGAAGAUAAAGAAGGUGGUUUUAUGGUAAGGGACUCAAGUCAACCAGGCUUGUACACAGUCUCCCUUUAUACAAAGUUUGGAGGGGAAAGUUCAUCAGGUUUCAGGCAUUAUCACAUAAAGGAAACAGUAACAUCUCCAAAGAAGUAUUACCUGGCGGAAAAGCAUGCUUUUGGUUCAAUUCCUGAGAUUAUCGAAUAUCAUAAGCACAACGCAGCAGGUCUUGUCACAAGGCUUCGGUACCCGGUUAGUACAAAGGAGAAGAAUGCUCCAACCACUGCAGGCUUCAGCUAUGAGAAGUGGGAGAUUAACCCUUCCGAGCUGACCUUUAUGAGGGAGUUGGGGAGUGGACUGUUUGGAGUGGUGAGGCUUGGCAAGUGGCGAGCCCAGUACAAAGUGGCCAUCAAAGCUAUUAGGGAAGGUGCCAUGUGUGAGGAGGACUUUAUAGAAGAAGCUAAAGUCAUGAUGAAGCUGACACACCCCAAGCUUGUACAGCUCUAUGGUGUAUGCACCCAACAGAAACCUAUUUAUAUUGUUACGGAGUUCAUGGAACGGGGCUGCCUUCUGAAUUUUCUCCGCCAGAGACAAGGCCAUUUCAGUAGAGACGUUCUGCUGAGCAUGUGUCAGGAUGUCUGUGAAGGAAUGGAGUACCUGGAACGAAACAGCUUCAUCCACAGAGACCUGGCUGCCAGAAAUUGUCUAGUAAAUGAAGCAGGAGUUGUGAAAGUAUCUGAUUUUGGAAUGGCAAGGUAUGUUCUGGAUGAUCAGUAUACAAGUUCUUCUGGUGCCAAAUUCCCUGUGAAGUGGUGUCCACCUGAAGUGUUUAAUUACAGCCGCUUUAGCAGCAAGUCAGAUGUCUGGUCAUUUGGUGUUCUAAUGUGGGAAGUAUUCACAGAAGGCAGAAUGCCCUUUGAGAAAAACACCAAUUAUGAAGUGGUAACCAUGGUUACUCGAGGCCACCGACUCUACCGGCCGAAGUUGGCGUCCAUAUAUGUAUAUGAGGUGAUGCUGAGGUGUUGGCAGGAGAAACCAGAGGGAAGGCCUGCAUUUGAAGAUUUGUUGCGGACGAUAGAUGAACUCAUUGAAUGUGAAGAAACUUUUGGAAGAUAAGUGGUGUAGUGACCAGUGGCUCCAAGAUUCCACAGCGUGAGGAAAUGGCACUUUGUCAUUAACUUAACUUAUGUGGCAGCUGGAUCUGUAGACUGGUUUACUUAUAAAAUGGACACAGCUUAGGCAUUUGCUUCUAAACUAGCCUUAUUUCCAUGACUGUCUUUCAGACUGGAGAUAGGGC